AUCGGAAAUGCCAGACUUGAUUAAGAAUGUAGCAAAACAGAGACCAAUGGGGAAGAAGUAACUAGGGGUGGAUUGUCUGUUCAGGAGGAGACUGGCUGGAGGAAGAGGCAUGAUCAUGGAAAAAAAAGUGGAUCCUGAAAUGAUAGAAACAGGGGGUAAGGUAUAAAAUUAUAUGAAGGAAGGAUCGGCUGACUGCAGGAGACAUCUGCAGAUGAUAGUGAAGCCUGAGGGCCCAAACACACUGGGAUGCUGCAGUGAUGCUCCUUGGACAACUUGCUGGACUCUUCAUCAGGGAGGGCAAGAAGAAAGCCAGAAAGAAGGAUCUGAAAGUUUGGGUUCUGGAACAGUGGAGAGGAAAAGGCAAAGUAUUUUGGGAGCUGUGGUGUCAGUCCCCUUGACCUGCACCAAGAUGUGUGAGGAGGGAGAAGCCCUGCCAGAUGGCUGGAUGGUGUUGAGACUCAGCAGCCACUCUGAAGCAACGUCCCUUGUAUAAAACCCCAGCUGCUGUACCAUGUACCAGUCUGGCUUUGUGCCGCGGGAGUAUUACCCAACCGUGAUCCCACCUUCUGCCUAUGCCUACCCACCACUGCGGGCUGGCAGAGCAGAAGACAUGACCAGCUCCAUGAUGUUCCCUCCCAUCCAUGUGCACAACUUCUACAGCCGACCUGUCACCUUUGUGGUGGACCAGAAUGGCUACCCUGACUAUGCAGGAGGUCAGGUGGAAUAUCAUCAUCUCUACAGUGCCUCCCAUCCUUACUUCCGUCCAUACUAUGCCUGGCACUUCCCUCCGAUGGUCCCCAUCCCUCUUUACAAUCCCUAUGUAAACUACAAUCCCUACACUGCCUACCAGAGGUCAGAUCAGUAUCGAGACACAUGGCCAGAAGGCUUCACAAUGAGAGGGGAGCUUCAAUGGGGGAAGCUUGGAAAGGUGUUUGGACCAAGGAAAGACCUCCCAGAGUUUGUGAAGGAUGAUCUUCGAAGAGUUUAUGGCACCUACCCACGAACCAACGUCUCCAUAACCUACCGGAAAGGAGAGUUCUUGAUCAAGGGAGACCCCAAGGUAGGAGAGCAGGAAUAUGCAGUGGAAAAAAAAGUCAUCCAGCAGGCUGUGACCCCCAGUGCCAGUGAGGCAGAUGACAGCAGUGAGGACCAGAACCAUAAGAAGAAAAAGAAACUGAGACGUUGAUGGAGUCAGUCACCCGAUGGACAGAUGCUCCAGAGCCCUCAUGGGAGCCAGCUGACAGCUGUUCUUGGUGCCACUGGCAAGUAGCACAAGUAACGGAUGCCACCACUCCCGUUGGCUUUUAAUUAUUCCCCAUCCUCCACAAGCUUAUGGCAGAUUUACCCUGUUUGCACAAUGCCCAUCCUGUGAAGAAACCACAUGGCACUUGACUGUCUGGGAUCUGCUCUUUCAAAUGAAUGUUUGAUUUUUCACUGGUUUGGUUGAGUGGUCACAGUCUGGUUUGGGGACAUCCAGACAGCAGCCCUUGAUGAGAAAACGGGCCUCUUCCUACCCUGUCCAAGGGAAGCUGGCUCCCUUCCUGGCACUCAGUUAAGGAGAUCAAAGCAGGAUUUCCUCUAGGCUGGGGGCAGUGUGCAUCCCAGAGGAGAGAGGGGUUCCUGAACACUGUAAAAAAAACCCCAAUUUUCUGCAUAUCUUGUCACUGCUGUUUAUGACCAUACCAUUGUGCUUAAUCACCAUGUGAUGCCUGUACACAGCACUUCCCUACAUGCUGGCAGAAGAUCCUAGUGUACCUACCCUCUUGCACUUGGUAAACUGGUGGCCAGUUCUUCUGGACAUGUGUCCUUCUGAAGUCAUUGCUUGAAGCCCUGCUUUGGGUCUGCCUUGGCUCUGGGUGGGGGAUCUGUCUCUCCAGUGAGGUUGCCACAGUGAACCAGAGCAGUACCACAACUUGGUCUCUCGUGAGGGAGUUGUGCUGGAAACCUGGAGGGUUGUGAGGGGCUGGGUCUGACUUACUUGCAAUCUUCUGUACCUUUUAAAUAGUUAUAAACAAUAAAAAUUCCUCAAAUGCAAAUGCUCGUAUUUCUGUUUUUUAGCUACCUGACAGCAGUCUCUCCUGUGAACAAAUGGCGACCUGAUCUGACACCUUUUUCCAAAGUUGGGGAGGACUUCUGGCUUGUUGCUCUUGCGCAACCAUGGUGGGUUAUUCUGCUUGGCAGCACGCUGCUUUGCCUCGGUUUGUUGCUUGACAGCUUCCUCUUUGGGGACCAGCAGGGGCUUUCUGAGCGUACAGGAGAAAUAGGGACCUGCUCUGCUCCCCUGUAGCCUCCCCCUGACAUGCCACAUGGGAGAAAGGCCACCUAGUGCAGGAGGGAGCUGGGUGCUCUCCAUCUGCAUAGCAAAGCAGAGUGUCUAUGAGCGUGAACUUGGAAGCCCUUGGUAGCUCUGAAUUGCUGUAAGGUCAAGGCAAGUGGAUUUUUUUUUUUUUUUUUAAUUAAUGCAACCACCUUUGUUUGUUUAAGCAAUAGCCAGCAUGUCUCAGCAACUAUCUGGAUUUUCCCUUCCCUAAUCAGCUUCUUGGAAAUGGGUUCACUCUGCUGCCAGAUAAAGCUCUGAGAAGGCUGAACCAGAAAAACGGCUGCAGAGAUCUCAACAAGCUGAUGCUCCGUGGCUGUGUUGCAAGAGGUGGCUGUGGGACUUACUGAAUGGGCUGGAAAAGGCCUCCACUAAUGACUGGUGGCUAACCAGUGCUCUGGUGGGGUGCUGGAAGUAGUCUCCUCCCUGUCCCAUGUAGCUGGUGUAGGACACAGCUGGAGAUGGAUGCUGCCUGCCUUGGGAAGGGGCUGCUUUAGCUGAGAUCCUGGAGCAGCUGCAAACCAGCUUCUGGGCAAGGUGGGGGGGAACAUGGGGUUUACCCUGUGGUGUUGAUUGGAUGCUACAUAAAUUAAUAAUAAUAAAUUAAUAAUACUUUAUCCUAAA